AUGACGCUCUGCGACACAUAUUCGAGGUUUCUGGCCACGCCGUCUACGGGCGCGCUGGCUGACCAUGCAACGCUGCACUACGUCUCGACCACGACCAGCAUCACCGACGCGACAGCAAUCAUCAAGCACUUGGCUGUUCAGGAGAAGCUGCUUAAGAAGACGAAGCAGAAGAUCCUGGACGCCAUUGAGGGCAACCACGGCCUCAGCGUCGAUGUAGAGACGACAAUCGAGUUCAGUAACGGCGGCGGCGCAUACCUGCCAGGCCUAGAUGACAACUUCGUGGCAGAUCGAACAGUGACGUUUGCAAUGGUCCACAUGGUCCGUUUUGAUAGAGCUGGAAAGAUCACACAGAUCCGCCAAUAUUGGGACCAGGGCUCUCUCCUGAAGCAGAUCGACGUCAUCGGCGCGCGCUCGCGCAAUUGGCCUAUCCGCGACGGCAGCGAACAAAUCCGCUUGAUCACGUCAAAUGCCGCUGUUGCUGCGGCUAACCAGCCAGAAGCAUCGCCUUCACGUCCAUCGACAGCGGCAUCGCGAGGCGUCGAUGAGGUGUCUAUUUCCUCGCGCUCGAGGCGCUCCACCAACAAUGCUAUGAACGACCCGCACGCGUCGCUCUCAUUGUUCCAGCCUCGCGAGAUUGACGAGGACGACGAGGACCGCGUCUCUCGCACCUCGUCGCAGCCUUCGGUGCCGCGCUCACUGUCUGCGAAGCCCCCUCCACGCGAGUACUCCGAGCUGUUCGUUGGCGCCGAUGGAGGCUCACCCUCACCCUCUGAGAGGAUCCCGACAAAGGCAGGUAGCGCAAAGAACUUCAAGAACAACCGCCUGUUUGAGGACGAGGAUGACCACUCGGCCGAUCGUGCGCCCAUGAGCAUCAAGACUAGCUCAAAGAAGUAUGACCACUUCACAUUUGGCGAAGGCGAGGAGACUCCAAAGGUACGUGACACUUCGCGCCCUACCAGGCAUGAUCAGCACCGCAACCGAAACGACGCGCAUUGGGACUUUGACGACUUUGCCACCCCAAACAAAUCCAAACCCAAGACACACCCCCAAGCCGUUAGACACUUUGGCUGGAGCGAUGAUGAGGUUAGUCCUUUCCAUCAACCAGGGACCGACGUUGCUCUUCUGUCUCUGAAAGUGCUUCUGAACCGUACGCUGACAUGGCAUUCUUCACAGGACGAGUCACCCGUUCGCCGCCCCGUAGUCCACAAGGCGCGCCCAGACGCCGACGCCCACUUUGACUUUGUCGACGACGGCACACCCGAGUCGCAGCGCCAACACCCUACAAAAGGCGGGCGCAGCAACCGCGGCCAAGGUCUCUACGAAGACCACGUCAACAACACAACGAACGACGCCGACGACCACGCCUCAAAAGGCGACGUCAAGUCUGCCCUCAGCGACGUCACAGCCGCCGUCAACGAGGGCCGCUCAAAGCACUUUGCCUCGCAGUUCGAUAUGACGGACAACAGCCCCAGCGCUGGCAAAAACGGCGCUGCUGCUGCUACCCAGACGCGCAACUCGAUGAAGACGCACUGGGGUACCCACCAGGACUCGCCUGAGAACCGCGGUAUCAAUAUCGCGGGUAACGGUAUGGGUGGCCGCAAGGGCACUGAGGCAGCGUGGUCGCUGUAUGAUGAGAGUCCUGCAAAGAAGGAGAACCAGAACACGGGUGCGAGACAGGGUAUCAAGACGGAAGGCGAUGGUAUGGGUGGGAAGAAAGGUGCUGAUAAGUCUUUCUGGGACUUUUGA